AUGUAUUUUGAUGGGGCAGCGAACAUUUACGGAAAUGGAUUAGGAGCAGUGUUGACAUCCCCAGAAGGCAGACAAUUCCCAUUAACUAUCAAAUUAGGUUUUGACUGCACCAACAAUAUGGCUGAGUAUGAAGCAUGUUUAAAUGGCUUACAAGUUGCCGUGACAUUAGGCAUUAAGGAACUUGAUGUUUUUGGAGAUUUCGCUCUUGUUAUUUAUCAAGCAACCGGCGAGUGGCAAACUAAGGAUUCCAAGUUAAUCCCAUAUCAAAAAUAUCUCACCCAGUUGAUUAAUAAAUUCGACAAGGUGAGAUUCCACCACUUAUCUCGUGAUAAGAAUCAAUUCGCAGAUGCUUUAGCGACACUAGCUAUCAUGGUUAAGUUGGAUUGUGGAAUUCACGUUCAACCAAUUAGGAUUGAGACUAAAAUUAAUCUUGCAUAUUGCUUGAAUGUUGAAAAUGAAAUGAAGAUACAUCCAUGGUUCCAUGAUAUAAAAAUUUAUGUAAAAAGCAGAGAAUACCCUUUGGAAGCAAUGGAAAAUGACAAGAAGACUAUCCGACGUAUGGCAAUGAAUUUCUUCCUUAGUGGGGAUGUACUGUAUAAAAGAACUUUUGAUGGUAUACUACUUUGGUGUGUUGACUCAGGGGAUGCACGAAAAAUUUUAGAGGAGGUUCAUGAAGGAAUAUGUGGAACUCAUGCUAAUGGCCAUACUAUGGCCAAACAAUUUCAGAGACAUGGUUACUUUUGGCUAACUAUAGAAAGAGAUUGCAUUGAAGAUGUCAAAAAGUGUCAUAAAUGCCAAGUUUAUGCUAAUCGAGUACAUGCCCCACCUCAACCGCUUCAUAAUCUUGUGACCCCUUAG